GAUGAUAGCCAAGAAAGCUGACAUGGUGAAGUUAUAUACGGCAUCCUUGUGACCUUUUUGCAGUGAAGAUACGUAUCUGUCUAAUAAAGCCCAGGCCAAAUGACAGUGACAGCUGCCUGGUGGCAUUCACUUUGAAUUGAACAGGUUUGCUCAGAAGUCAGGAGCAAGUAUUUCAUUACAGACCACUCACGAAGAACAACAUAAGCCCCCAAAAGUGAAGCUUUCCCUUAGGAACUACAGAAACUGCCCUGAUGGACGGAGAUGUACUUCACAGACUCCUCCUUAUCUCCUUGCUUUGACUUUCCUGCCUUCUGCAAGCUGCCAGCUUCUGUCGGCAUUUGCAUAUUAGUGUAGCUUUUGCAAGAGAAGAAGACCUAGCUUCAUCUGUCAGGAGCAAUCUAGUGUGUUAUGGGAACUGAGCAUUCGAAGAACGAGAGGCGAAGAAGCAUGUUUUUUCUGAGGAAAGGCCAAAAGUUGCCUGCAUGGGAAGAUGCUCUUCUCUCAGGAAAAGAGCCCAAGUCACUGCUAAAACGUGGAUUAUGUUAUGUCAGCUUAAGCCUGAUAAUGAAAGGGAUGACCAGUGUGCCUGACUUCUUAUGGGGAUUGCCUGAGGUGCAGAAAUUGAACCUUUCGCUCAACAGGCUGGUACUGAUUCCUCCUUUGUUGGGAAAACUGGACAGACUGGCUGUGCUGAACUUGUGUGGCAAUUGCCUCAAGUGUCUGCCUAAAGAGAUCGGACUGCUCAGGAACCUGAAGGUUUUAUUUGUCAAUAUGAAUUGCCUGACAGAAGUACCAGCAGAGCUCAGCUUGUGCAGGAAGCUAGAAGUUUUGAGCCUCUCACAUAACUGCAUCUCACAACUGCCUUCAAGCUUCACCGAUCUGACAAGUCUAAGGAAACUAAACCUCAGUAACAACCGCUUUGUUCAAAUUCCGCUCUGCGUUUUUGCAUUGAGGAGUUUAGACUUCUUGCACUUAGGGUCAAAUAGGCUUGAAAACAUUGCAGAGAGCGUCCAGUAUCUAGUCAAUUUGCAAAUCUUGAUUGUAGAGAAUAAUAAUAUACGUACUUUGCCACGGUCUCUCUGCUUCAUCACUGCUCUUGAGUUACUAAAUAUAGAUUACAAUUCUAUUCAGACUCUUCCAGAAGACCUCUACCUGCUGCACAGACUGCCAAAAAUUGCAUGGAAUCCAAUGGACAAAGGACUUCACCUUUCACACAACCCUCUGUCCCGACCCCUGCCAGAGAUCGUGGAGGGAGGACUCGACGUCCUCUUCAACUACCUCAAAGAGAAAAAGGAGCACAGCUAAAUGUUCACUGAGUUUGGGGUUAACCCUGCCAUCAAGACUCAGUCGUAUCAGUGCACUUCCCUGGUCAGUCAUUUCUACUUCGUAACACUUGGAUUUUGAAGACUAUGGAUGGUUUAGUGAAGGUUUGCUGAAAGCAAGUAAAAUAUGAUGAUCUUGUUUAGGUGUGUGAAGAGUAAACUUUCUGAAAAUAUCCAUCUCUGUAACCCUCAGUGUUGGACUGUUUGUUUUUUCAGGAAAAAAAAAAAAGCUGUGAUAAAAUGUUUGGUCUUCAUUUGACAGAAACAAAUUAAGGUAGGCUGCAAGAACUGCAGAAAUGUAUAUUUGCCAGCUAUUAGGUUGGAG